UACGGGUCAGGUAGAGCAAUCGAUAAUAUGGCGUCGGCAAGGCUGCUUAACUCAAAGUCCCAUCUGAUCCCGGGUAAACUCAAGGUCUCUGAACUUAUUUUUGAGGUUCCAAAAGACCACGCAAAUCCUGAAAGAGGCACCAUCCAAUUAUUUGCUCGAUCAGUCAUCAGACAGGAAAAACCAGCCACCGUUCCCUCGGAAGAAGACAUUCGAAAGAAAUCCCAAAAGCCGUACUUUGUCUAUUUGCAAGGAGGGCCUGGUUUCGGCUGUCCGCCUCCCCAAAACUCAUGGAUCACGAACGCCAUUCUAGACCGAGGAUACCAAAUGCUCUAUCUUGAUCAACGAGGUACUGGCCUCAGUACGCCGAUUUCCGCAGCAACCCUAGCGCUCCAAGGCGACAAACACAGACAAGCCGACUACUUGAAGCUAUUUCGAGCAGACAGCAUCGUCAGAGACUGUGAAGCUGUUAGAAAGACACUGACUGCUGAAUACCCGAUUGAGCUAAAGAAAUGGUCGGUGUUUGGUCAAAGCUUCGGUGGCUUCUGUGUAUUAACCUAUCUGAGUUUCUAUCCUCAGGGCCUCCGUGAAGCCUUUACAUCUGGUGGAUUGGCACCUGUUGGAAAGCCUAUUGAUCAAAUCUAUAAAGCUACCUUUCAGAAGGUUAUUGAACGCAACAAGGCUUAUUAUACGAAAUAUCCCGAGGAUGUUGAGAUUGUUCAAAACCUUUGUUUUCACAUCAAAAGCAAGGGUGGACUAGCUCUUCCUUCUGGAGGUUUCUUGACAGUUCGUGGGCUUUUGACUCUCGGAAGAGCAUUUGGAGCUCAUGGAGGACUAGACGUAGUGCAUGAUUUGAUACUUCGUUGCAACACAGACCUUUCGCAAUUUCAAUUCAUAACCCGCCCAACGCUUUCAGCCCUCGAAAGUGCACUUACCUUUGACGACAAUGUCAUCUACGCCAUCUUGCACGAAGCUUGCUACUGCCAAGGAAUAGCUUCCAAGUGGUCCGCCGAACGAGUGGGGAAAAGGCUGGCCAACUUCCAAUGGCUUGCGGGGUCGCCUCAGUCUGCAUCAGUUGUCCGUGAUGGGCCACUGUACUUCUCGGGCGAGAUGAUCUACCCCUUUUUAUUCGACAUCUUCCCGGAACUUGAGAAACUGGCCCAAGUAGCAGAUAUCAUCGCCAACUAUGCAGGAUGGCCGGACUUGUACGAUGAGUCACAACUCGCUAGGAAUGAAGUCCCCCUCUAUUCAGCAACGUAUAUUGACGAUAUGUAUGUUGACUACGACCUGGCUCAAGAUACUGCGAAGCUCGUGAAGAACUGCAAACAAUUCAUUACAAAUUCCAUGUAUCACGACGCCAUUAGAAGCAAGACAGACCUAGUCUUGAAGGAGCUUUUCGCCCUCAGAGAUGACUCGAUCGAUUAA